AGCUCAAUAAACAGGACUAUUCAUUAAUUCUCAUAAUUUCUUCUCUGAUAUAUAUUUUCUCUUGCUCUGCUUCUAUAUUCUCUGUUCAGCUGAAGGGUAUAUUAGCAACUUGUGUUCUCGGCGUUAACUUGGCUUCUGUUCGAUCCAGAAAUAAUGGCGACAAUCGAUCCAAAUCCCAACAACUCAGCUUCCAUAGGAGAUGGUCUGGUCUCUGUGGAGAACCCAAAGUCCCAACUUGUUGAAUCAUUUGGAAAAAAUUAUCCUCCUGAUUUUCUCAAAAAGGUGGUGGCAGAGGUCAUAGCUACCUAUUUGUUAGUAUUUGUGACAUGUGGUGCCGCUGCAAUUAGUACAAGUGAUGAACGAAGAAUCUCAAAACUAGGAGCCUCAGUAGCAGGAGGGCUUAUAGUGACAGUGAUGAUCUAUGCAGUGGGACAUGUCUCUGGUGCUCACAUGAACCCUGCAGUGACUACAGCUUUUGCAGCUUUUAGACAUUUUCCAUGGAAGCAGGUACCAUUUUAUGCAGCAGCUCAACUAACAGGAGCAAUUUCUGCUUCAUUUACAUUGAGAGUGCUCCUUCACCCUAUAAAACAAGUUGGAACCACUUCACCUUCUGGGUCAGAUCUUCAAGCUCUCAUCAUGGAAAUUGUAGUAACAUUUUCUAUGAUGUUUGUAACUUCAGCUGUGGCAACUGAUACAAAGGCUAUAGGAGAGUUGGCAGGUGUAGCAGUUGGUUCUGCAGUGUGUAUAACAUCCAUCUUGGCCGGCCCAGUAUCAGGCGGAUCUAUGAACCCAGCAAGGUCGCUAGGGCCAGCAAUUGCUAGCGCAUACUACAAGGGGAUAUGGGUCUACAUUAUUGGACCAGUGGUGGGAACACUGCUUGGAGCAUGUUCUUACAACCUGAUUCGAGUGACUGAUCAGCCAAUCCAAGCAAUUUCUUAUUCACUCAAACUUCGCAGAAUCAGAAGCAAUGACGAGCAGGCUCACGACAAAGACCCCUUUGAUGCUCUUUGAAGUUUCUAAGGGCUACCAUUAUAAUAUCACAGGGAAUAGAAAGCAUGAUGUAACAAGUAAGUAUGCUUCAUUUUUGUGGAGCUCACUUGUAGUAUCUUUACAAAAACCAAGCUUGUGUGCCUGUAAUAUAUUAUAUGAUGUGUAGUAGAUGUAAAAACAGAUUGCCUGUGAGGCACCACUAUCAUAUCUACCUAAUAUCAGUCACGCUUGUUUAUGAUA